CUGGGAGGAGAACCACAACUACUUGGAGCAACUGACAGUCAGUCACUCUUUCUUCAGUCUGAGUACUCUGCUACCUGCCAAUUUCUUUUAGAGAAUUGCAAGCGAUGGCUACACAAGGAUCUAAUUUUGGUGAGAAGUCACUGGGCUCCCAACAAGAACUGGAUCCUGAAACUUCUAAAUCACGUGACCCAGAAGCACAGAAUAAUACCGAAUCCCAGGUGAAAAGUGCUGAAUUCCUCCAUGACAUGUACAUAUUUGUAAUGGGCACACUUUCAAGAGCUAUCCAUGCCAGUCUGCUCAAUGAUUAUGUGGAAUCUGAAUUCUUCUUGAUUGAUGGAGAUUCCUUACUGCUAACUUGUGUUUUGGAUCAGUCAUUGAUAUUAGGACAGCAUCUGCAUUUCUUCUACUUGGUAGAGUCGUACUUGCUUAAACUGACCAACCGAGGAGCAAAAUAUGCUGUUGUGUUUUUUGAGGAUAUGAAGUUUUUCUACCAUAGCAGAGCUGACCUUCUCUCUCUACGGACCCAAAUGAAACUACACUUGGAACAUAAUACAGACACAGUCAUAUACACUUUUUCCAACUUUUUGUCUGCUCAGUGGAACACAUUUUUGACUGAUCACCAUCCCUAUUUUCUAAUGGUUUGUGACGAAGGCAUAACUCUUUCCCAAACAUAUUUCUUCAGUAUGCUUAUGCUAAGUGCCCUGAGAAGAAAAGUAGACCUCGUGCUCACUUCAGGACAAGAGUUUGAUCAGCUCCGAAUAUAUGGAUACCAUAUCAGUGCUUCCCGCCAUAAAGUAUGGGCAAUAAAAAAUCAAACGAACAUUCUACUAGCUCUUGUUGAUCCAUGUGCAAAGUUGUAUGGGGAGCGUGUGCAGAAGUUGAAUUCCAGUAACACCAAAAAAGAGAUCAAAAAGAGUAUAACGUUCCUUUUUAACAAAGGAUGUGAAGUUACGGACAUAAGAACCAUAAUGUGCAUUGUGUCCUGCAAUGCAGUUCUGUCAGAGUAUGGGGAAAAUGCAAAAAGCAACACAACACAAGGAGAUUUUCAGGAUUCAGAGGAUAACAGUGACCUGACAUUGGAAGAAGUGGCUGACCUAUGCAGAAUGUACUGUCUGAGUGUGGCCAUAUCACAGGUUUUGCCUCUUUCCCAGAGAAUGAAAUCUAGGAAUAUCAGUGCAGAUUGGAACACCCCUGUAUUAGCAUGUUUAGAUUUGAGAAGUAUAUGUGAGCACAUUGGUCUGGUCCAUGUGAAGAUGUUUCCAAAAGUCUCAGACUGGAAGAUAAAUUGGACACAUAUUGCUGACUUAACAGAUGGCUUGCUGUUAAAAAAUAUUGCAUACUACUUUGAAAAAGAAAACAAUUCAGGCCCAAAGUCGAUAUUUGGGAAGACAAUACAGGAGAAGUAUUCCUUUCUCUGGAACUCCAUCUUGGAAAUAAAUUCACAUAGUGAACAAAUACAAUCCUAUGAAGUCAGAACAACAGCACGUCCUUUCCUUUCAGAAGCUUCCUCAAUAAUAGUGAUAGAGGAGAACAUACCUACUAUAGGUCUCCUACAAGCAAAAUGUGACAUUGUUGAGGAGUAUGUUGGGGACAUGCUGGAUGAACUCCCGUUAUUAAGCAGUACUGAUCAAAAAUCAAUCCCUCAUGGGAAAUAUUUCGAUGAACUUUUACACUGGCAUUCUGGACGUCCACUGAGUGAUGACUAUGACAGAACAAAGGGAGGUGAUAAAGCAUUGAAAGAUAAACGUUCUCUCAGACUUUAUCAAAAGCUACAGACCUUUCAACAUUUUAGUGGCCAAUCUUUAGUCUCCUCUUCAUCCAAGACAAUUGUAGUACAGAACAAAGAAUCUGAGAAAAAGGGGGAGAAACAAAAGGUUGUUGUGAAGAAAAAACAAACACAGAAGUCCAAAAAAGAUCUAAUCAUUGAAGAAAAUCAGAAGAGAAUGAAUUCCAAAGAAGAAAAUAAAGAAGUUGAACAGUGGAAAUCGAUUUCAUCUUCAAUUGAAAAGCAAAUAAAAGCAAACAUUUUUCCUGGCUUAAAAAACCUGGAAGAUUUCAUUGAGAAUACCCAAAGCAAAUCAGUGAAGCUUCUUGCAGAACUAUCAGGAUUAAGAAUUUCCUUUGAGGUCUGGGUUGAACACUGCUACACACAUAAAAAGGAGAAAGAUUUAAAUAUUGCUGUGGAAAUCAUGAAGAAAAUACAGACAAUUCAUAAUAAAUACCAGGACAUGUUGACUAAAGAGGAUGAACAAGUAGUAGCUAAAUGUCUCAGUUAUCUGGGAUUUGAGAACUUGGCAUUGCCUUGCUCUAAGGUAACCAGUGCUCGAGAGGACAAGAAGAAGGCUGAGUGCUCGGUUGGACUUGGAGCAUCUCGCUUCCAGUUGCAGUUCAUGGGUCCAUACUUGUUAAGAGAUGAGAGGACAGAUCCUGAUCCAAGAGUACAACACUUUAUACCAGACACGUGGCAGCGAAAGCUUCUUGAUGUUGUUGACAAUAAUGAGUCUGCGGUGAUAGUUGCCCCUACAUCUUCAGGAAAGACUUAUGCUUCGUACUACUGCAUGGAGAAAGUACUGAGUCAAGACAAUGAAGGCGUGAUUGUGUAUGUUUCACCAACAAAGGCUCUUGUAAACCAGGUGGUAACCACUGUAAUGAAUCAGUUUAACAAAACUUUGCCCAAUGGAGUUGCUCUGUGUGGAGUAUUCACAAGGGAUUACCGUACUGAUGCACUAAAUUGCCAGAUAUUGGUAACAGUGCCUCAGUGUCUUGAGAUUCUUCUCCUGUCUCCACAUCGUCAGGAAUGGGCUAAAAAGAUUAAAUAUAUCAUAUUUGAUGAGAUUCAUUGCCUGGGGGGAGAAAUUGGUGCAGAAGUAUGGGAACAUCUUCUAGUGAUGAUUCGUUGUCCAUUUCUUGCUUUGUCUGCAACGAUAAGUAACCCAGAACACCUAACUGAAUGGCUGCAAUCGGUAAAACAUUACUGGGAAAGAAGAGAUAAGUUGUUAGAGAAGACACACACUGAGAAAGGAGGAAAGGCGAAAGCUUAUAAGAAGACAGAAAAAAUGUCUUACAGAGUUCAUCUGGUGCUUUAUGACAAGAGAUACAAUGAUCUGGAAAAAUAUUUGUGCUCUGUGCAGGAUUCUGGUGUAUCUUUUGCGCACUAUCACCCAUGUGCUGCCUUAACCAUGGAUCAUAUGGAGAAAUAUGGAAUUCCAAAUGACUUGUCCUGCUCUCCAAGGGAAAGUUUACAACUGUAUGACACUAUGGUGAAUAUGUGGCCUGAAUGGUCAAGAAGACAGGAACUGGAUCCGGAAGAAUACACACAUUUCAAGGACAAAGUCAUCAUAACAAAAAACGAUACAAAAGUAUAUGAGGAGGAAUUAAAGAAAGAAUUACUUGAAUGGAUUAAGCAAGGAAACGGGGACAAGACUUCCCAAGUGCUUCAGAGUCUCCAGCCACCAAAAUGUUAUACUAAUGUGAAAGGCACUUACCACUUUCCAAUGCUUGUUGAAAAACUGAAAGAAGAGCAAAAGCUGCCAGCACUUUUUUUUGAAUUUGACAUUGGACUUGUGAAACAUCUUGCAUUGGAAGCAGCCAUGUUUUUGGAACUGAAACAGGAAGAAAAGCCAAAGCUACUGACUGAGAAAGAGGCUGAAAAAUUUAACAAAAAAGCCAAAAGAUUGGAAAAAGAAAUAGUGAAAAAUAAGUCUAAAAUAAGUAAUAAAUCCUCUUAUGAAAAUGAUGAUUUUUUAAACAACACUGCCAAUUAUGACAGUAUAAAGCAAUUGCUUAGGAAGGAUGAUGAAAUCCCACCAGAUUGUACUUACGCUGAUAGCAAAGCCCUGAACAGUGAGGUACUCACAGACAUAUUUGAACGAACCAGUGGGUCAAGAUCUGCAGAGGAGUUGAAGACUCUGGCACUAAGGGGUAUAGGCUACCAUCAUUCCUCUUUAGAUGCUAAAGGAAGAGGUCAAGUUGAAAUGCUCUUCAGGAUGGGAUACCUGCGUGUUGUUACUGCAACAGGAACUCUUGCCUUGGGAAUCAACAUGCCGUGUAAAUCUGUUGUGUUUGUCCAUGACUCUGUUUACCUGGAUGCACUAAAUUACAGACAGAUGUCAGGACGCGCAGGAAGGCGAGGCCAGGAUGUGCUGGGAAAUGUAUACUUUUUUACUGUUCCCUUGCCUAAAGUAAAGCGACUUAUGAAAUCAAAUGUCCCUCAUUUGAAGGGACAAUUCCCAUUAAGCAUCUCUUUGGUGCUACGACUGAUGCUGUUGGCUGCCAAGGCUGAUGAUAAAGAAGAUGCUAGAGUUAAGGCAUUGUCAGUAAUGAAGCACUCCCUGAUGGCAUUUAAGAGACCUUCUGAAACCAAAAUGUUAAAGCUCUACUUCCUGUUCUGCAUACACUUCUUAAUCCAUGAGGGCUAUUUGGAUCAAACCUGCAAUCCUUUAGACUGGACUGGACUGGUCACCCAUUUAAAUUACCAUGAACCGUCAAAUUUUGUUUUUGUCAGUUUCCUUGAAAAGGGUUUAUUUCACCGGCUGUGCCAAGUAGAAUCUAAAGGUUCAAAUAUUUUUCCACAAUCUGUGAUGGAAACCCUGAUGCUGGUUUUGGCAAACCUGUUUGGAAGAAGAUACCUUACUCCUUCUAUUCGAAAAUUAAAGGGCACAUUUAAACAGUCAAAGGUCUUUCUGGAAAGUCUACCAGAUGAUUUUGCUGCAGCUCUUCAAGACUACAAUUCUAAAAUAUCAACAGUCUUUGGGCAGUAUCUUCUUGCUGUUUCUCAUCUGGCAAAUUAUGAACAAGAAUACAAGCUUCCUUUAUCCCAAAUCAACUUCUCUGGGGAAGAAUAUAAGGAUUCUGAACUUGUAAACCAUCUAAUGAAUUGCACCACAAGAAGAAGUGCCAUAUCCCCUUUUGCCUGUCUGUCUGGAAAUACGGAUCAUGACUUACUUUUUGCAGAAAAUGUGAACAGUCUCUUAUUGCAAACUGUUCAAGUGAGCCAAAAACACAUUCCUGUGCUGCAUUUAGAGAAAACAGAUGCUUGUGGUAGAAAACUGUCACUUAACGCCUAUGCACUGGAUUUCUUUAAGCACGGCUCCUUUGAUGCACUACAAGAAGAUAACAGGAUUAACAGAGGAGCUGCCUUUUACAUUUUAAAAGAUUUUUCUUUAUGCAUUGCCGCUAUAAGCAUCUCUCUGAAAGAAAUGUGUGAAGAUGAGGAUGAUCCUGUUGUGUUAGCUUUUGAGCAGCUGAAUACGAUGUUCAAUAAGAAACUAAACUAUACUUACUAAAGUCUAUGCACAGGUAUGGGAUCCAUUAUCUGUAAACCUCUGUUAUCUAGAAAGCUCAGAAUUACAGCAAGGUCGUCUCCGAUAGGCUACGAUUAUUCAAAUAAUCCAAAUUUUUAUAAAGUUCCUUUUUCUCUGUAAUGAUAAAACAGUAGCUUGUACUUGAU